AUGAAUUCUCCUAUUCUGUCAUUGGUAUCAUUCCUUUUAGUUUUCAUCCUAUUCAAUCAACAACAAGUAAUAGUAGAUGGAGAGAUAAUAAAUACUGUUAAAUAUAUACAAUACUACAAUGGUCCAUACUUUAAUCCUACUUUGAUGACUGGAUGUCUCAUGCGAUUCUCUGUCUAUGUCUUGCUAGACAAUGACACUUAUGUUCAAACCAUCAACCAUCUUGCAUCACCACAAGUAAAUUUUACCGAUGUCGAGGAUCGCGGAUCCUUUGUUAUCGAUGGCUACAACUAUCAGCAAAGCUGGGCAGUCUACAAUUCCUUUUACCAGUUGGAGUUUUCUCCAAAACAAAUCAAAACAACCACCAUCCAAUUAUCAAUCAAAGAUGUCAAUGGUACUUUGGUAAAAGAUAUAAGUGGAAGUUUACCUUCUACUCCAAAUACCAUUUCUACAUGGACUGGAGUAUAUAAUCCACAGACUACAGGACAACCAUCUGGACUACCACUACCAGUUAUGUUGAGCUUAACAAAUAUCAAUGUGUCCUCUUUGGUCUACGCCAAUUCACAAACUGGUAGCAUCUCUUCACGUCUUGGAUUUAUACCAAUCUCACAAAACUAUAAUUCCACUGCUUUCAAUGCCAUUGCCGUCCAACAAAUCAUUGCCGACACGACCUAUUCCAUCAACACGUUUUUGUACGACCAGUCUAGCCCGUCGUCUCAAAACGCUGCAUUCAGUUACCAACAAUUACGACCAGUGGUUCAAGAUAAAACAAACUACACAACGCAAUAUGAUAUUAGAACAUUUAAUUUCCAAAAUUAUUCGUUCCAAGUAUCAAGUAUGAGUGGAUACCUUCAAAUACCUAUUACCUUGCCUAUUCCAUCCUAUCCCUUUGGGUAUAAAUCUGGUGCUGCCAAUAAUUAUGUAUUGGAAUGGUUUAGAUUACAGCAUACUUAUAAUACUUCCAAGACCUUUGUCCCUGAAUCAAACAAAGUUUCAAUGGCUCCUUUUAUUGUAGAUUUUAGUGUCUAUAAUGUAAGAUCGUAUUGGAAUGCCUAUGAUAGAUUAUCGUGGAUCUGGGAAAUCGAUGUCUUUGGAGUAUCGCCAGGAGUAAUCUAUUCCUUUGAAAUACCAGAAUUUAAUGUCAAAUUGUAUCCAUUGGAUAAUUAUAGGGAUACAGGAUAUUUAUUUGAGUUCCAUAUGGCAGUUUCGCUCUCUCGUUUAGAAACUGGCUCCUACACUAUCAUUGUUUGUGAUUUCCAAUCCAAUUGUAGAACAUACUACUCUGGAGAUCAUGUUGUAAAUUUUUAUAAUACCGAACAAAACUAUCUAUGGGAUAUCUUUGACAAGAGUUUAAUAGGUUCCUAUUCGAGUGUAAAUUCAAUUACCAAUUUGGUCUUUACCAAUCGUAAAUAUGAUGUGUCUCAACAAUCUCAAACUGCGACUGUCUAUGUUUAUGAAUCCAGCAACAGAGAAUAUUUUGAUUCAUCGUGUCCUCCAAUCCUUGAACUCUUCCCAACAAACAGUGAUGUCCAUAAACUCAAGAAAAUGACAUACCUAGGUUACUAUGAUGCUUCACUUCAGUUGUUUGUUGUUAAUUUCACCAUCCCUCAAGGAAUGUUACCUGGUAUUCUGGAUUAUAAAAUUUAUCAAUGUGGUACUGUUUUAUUUUCAAAUAUUCAAAAAACACUUUACCCAACUUUAUCAAAUUAUACUUUGGAAAUCAUCUCAUCUGGUAUUACAUUAGGACCAUUGGUAUCUGAUUUAUUAUUUACUAAAACAAAUAAUACACAUAUCAAUGUAACGUUUGUAAUUGAUAGCUCAUAUGGUCUGUCAUGGUUGGAAUGUAAUAUUACAAGUCAUAUUGAUCCAUUACCAUACACACUACGAUUAGAUGUUGAGGGAGGUGUAAACAAGCCGAUCGUUCCCGGAGGAAAAUCAUAUAUGGCAUGGCUCAUAGUAGAUCCAUCUUCAAAGGCACAAACCUUUAGAAUCGAAAGUAUCAUUGCCAUGGAUAGAGCUUGGAACCAUGUCGAUUCUAGUCUUCCAAACAACUAUCCCCAUCCACUCGUCAAGGUAUCCAAUAAGAACUCUUUUGCCUACAUCCCAUCCUCUCCCAUCACAACCUCGCCAACCCCGGUCAACAUUACCAACUUUAGGGCAGUAUUACCUUCUAGCAGCCAAUCACCCGAUAGAAGAUGCAACAUUACCUUUACAGUGAAUAAUAAUAACUCCAAACUGUUCAACCGUCAUCUUCCAGUGGUUUAUUUUGAUGAUGGUUUCGCUAUUGUCAACAGUGAUCCAUGUACUCUAAAUGUAGUUGGAUCGUUAAACAACUAUACUUGCACGCUCAACAUGCCAUUCAAUUAUGGUCAAUUAAAUAGAACAAUAUUAGUUUCCAUCUAUGGGUUCAUGGACUUGGAUUAUAAUUUCUAUGGCUUUACGACCGAUGAUUUAUUCUACAUGUUUGGAAUAAAAUCGAUCUACACCCUCUCCUAUCCCUCCUCGAAUGCAAAACCAACCUUUUUGUCUGGAUGUACCCCACCCAUUACAAGAGACGGAGGUUACUGCAUGCUUAAUGGAUACAAUAUAGAUGCCAACAUGGAUUUAUAUUGUAGCACCAACCUAAACGAAAAGUUUGAGUUGUAUGUCGAUUAUACAAUUUCGAGACAAGCAAUUACCGUUUUCAUUGACCCAUUCAAGGGAGACUCUCUAAACUGCUUUGGUGUAAGACCUUUAUCUUUAUACACUACCAACAACUUUACCAUUGUUCCCGUAGGUGUAAAGCCAUUUGUUCCUCCACCUCUUCCUCUUGCAUGUGGUAAUGACACUACUAUCCCCGGUGCAGUCCUUUGUUCGGGACAUGGAACAUGUAUCGAGGCUGUUGGAUGUAGAUGUCUUGGAAAGUACUCUGGUCAAUACUGCAACUCUACCAUCAUCGAUGGAGUUGAUAAUAUCUCUAAUUUCUCAAACCCAAGCACCGAUAUUAUCAAGGGAGCCGAUUCGUUGGCCAGUAUUUCAUUACUUGGUCUCAGAGAACUAGCCUUGGAUGGUACAACCGUCAGAGAUAUCACACUUUCCAAUUGGACAUACAGCAACUCGACCAAUAAUGAAACACUUCGAAUUACUCACUCCUAUUCGGCCAAUGUCGACGGUCACGAGAAUGCAUUGGUUACAGUAUCAAUUGCAUGGUUCCAAAAGAGUGAGAAUAUUUCAUUUGCCUCUCAAAUACUGUUUAUGACACCUUACACUGCAAAGUUCUCAGUCAUGGUCACCGAAUUUCCAUUCCAAAACACUCUAAACACCCUUCAAGUAUUGUUCUCAUCAGUCAUUCGUGGUAACACAUCCCUAGGUGUCGGAUGCUCUGAUGGAGGUGGAAUUGAAAAGCCAACAGAUUUUGAUCAAUAUCUUUCUUUAGAUUUAAAUGAACAAAGUUUAUUAUCGCGGUUCCAGCCAUAUGGAAUUGUUGACCAAAGAAUUAUAUUAAUCAAAAAUGAAUUAUUAUCAUUUGAUAUCAACGCUGAUAAUAUUACUGCAAUUGUAGCUUUGAAUGUUCCACAUUUUACAACUGUCACCAGUCUGGACCCAGAUUUUUCUUUAUUGCUCAAUAGUAAAACUGGAAAUGGAAAUGGUUGUGAAUCAGAUAGUUCAAAUACCAGUAUGUCAAUUAAAACAAUCGUAAUUAUAGUGGUAGCUACAGCUGCAGGAGUCAGUAUUGCUAUCGCCUCUGCCAUUUUGAUCAAGACCAAGAUUUUAAAGAAACGUGACGCUAAACAAGUAUCAUCAAAGCUUAACAAAAUAGCUGCCAAACACAAUGCAUAA